AAUUCAAAUUCAAAUUCAAUUAUAGCUACAAUGAGUUUUAACGAUUUUUUCAAUUCAAGUUUAGACAGUUUCUUUGACAGAGGAUUCUUUAAUAGACCCAGAAGAUAUGAAUCAAACUUCCCUAGUGGUUACUUCUCUACAAGAGGUUUAAUUGAUCAAACUUAUCCUGAUAAGAGAAGUUUAGUUCCACUGACAUUUUAUCCAACUGAUGCUAUAGGAUUCCCAUUUGAUGGUGAUUUCUUCAGACACUUUAAUGAUGGUAAGAUUUUUGUUGGCUUUGAUAAUAAUGUUGAUUUGAAAGAAGAAAAAGAUAAGUAUAUUGUAACAGCUCAAAUUGAAGAUUUAAAGAAUAAAGAUUUAAAGAUUGACUUCUUAAAGAGAGAAAAUGAAUUAAAGAUCAGUAUUUCAGAUUCUGAAGAGAAACAAGAUGAGAAAUCUGGUGAGAAGUCUUCUAGUUCUAGGAGCUAUCAAAGUAGUCUCAAGUUUGACAAGGCAGUCAAUGCUGCAGAUAUCAGUGCUGAACCUCAAGAAAAUUCCAUUAUAAUCACGGUUCCAAAAGUAGAGGCUGAUUCUGAAAAUGUUGUUAGUAUUCCAAUUGGAAAUGGUGAAGGGAAUGUUCGUAAGAUUCUUGAAGAACAUCCAGCGCAACAAUAGGGGCUCAUGAACAAAAUGUUAUUCUUGUAUAACUGGUUAUAUAAUGCUUAAAUAUGGAUUGUUUAUAGUUUUUAUUGAUAUUGAAUAAAUUAUGAUUUAUGAAUUAUGAA